AUGCCCACCGUUGCUGAGAACGGCGAGUGGGAUCUGCCCAGGUUACGCGCCUCGUUUGGCUUUGAAGAUGACUUCAAGUACCUCUCUUCGGAUGAUGGCGCCCAAGAAUUCUUCGAUGUGAAGUUCUACCCAUACAACCCUCCGGGAGCGAGCCCCGUGUUCGCGGCGGUUAGCAAGAAACACGCCGUUGUGUGCCGACUAUCCCAGCCAAAGGACAAUACCAACAACCCGUGCGAGGUAAUCCAGAUUAUCAGAGAUGAUGACCCCGAUGCGUCUAAUUGCGCUUGUUGCUGGACCAAGGACCCUGAAACCGAACGAGCCCUUCUCUGCGUGGCUGGUAAUGAUGCGAAGGUUAAGGUGUACAGCGUGAAGGAUGGAAAGUUGGUGAGGACUCUCGUUGGCCACGGUGACGGAAUCAACGACCUGGCGACUUCGCCAGACGACCCUCUGAUUAUCGCCUCCGCCUCGGAUGAUACUACUGUGAGGAUAUGGAGUUUGGCAUCUGUUCACGAAAGGCAGCCAUGCCUAUGCCUUCUUGGCGGAGAGGGCCAUUCCUGGGACCUGCUAAGCGUGGCUUUUCAUGAUACAGGGCGGUACGUCCUGUCUGCAGGGCAUGACCAGGUGAUCAACCUAUGGACGCUCCCAGACCUGCCCAAGGAGCAUACCGAUGCUCCUAUUGUCAUAUACUAUCCCCACUUCUCUACUUCAGAGGUUCACAGUGGACUAGUCGAUUGCGUCGCUUUUCUUGGGGACUGUAUCCUCUCCCAUGCCUGCCAUGAAGAAACCAUUGUCCUCUGGCGCAUCGAGGGGUUCAGUUCCGAGGACCCUCCGCCAUCGCCGUCACAGGCCCCGACUACCUAUGAUCCCAGCAAGCUGACCCGCUCAGCAUUCGCCCCAAUAAUAUCUCCAUCAUGUCCCGCCCAGUAUACGCGUCUUCUCGAGUUCCAGGCCGCUGGAUGUGGACCCCAGUUUUUCAUGCGGUUCAAGGUGUAUGAGGCGCCAAACCGUCACCCCGUCCUCGCUUUCUGCAAUGCCAAGUCCAAGACCUCCUUCUGGGACCUGGCUCGGCUAACCACGUAUCACGAGUUUAUGACCGCCCUUAAUAACCCGAAGAAAGAUAAAGAUAGCCAUCUCGAACGACCGCCCUGGCUGAACUUCAAGCAGCCGAAAAAGCCGAACACUAUGGCUAGGGUCCGGGACCCCAGCGACAAGGACUCGAUGGUGUCGGUGGGUGCAAGCUCGGAUCCAGACAGCGGGGCAGCGUUGGGUAUCACUCACGACAGCAUCAGCAAUUGGGAUGAGCUGUAUGGGAUAUCCCACCCUCACGACCAUCCGAUCAAACCUCACAAGAUCGUCGGCGUUAGUGGCGAGUCGAAAUUCGUGGGUAGGCAGGUCGCUUGGAGUCCGGGGGGUGAAUGGUGUGUGGUGGUCGGGAAUCAGAACCGGGCUUUGAUUUUUCAGCGAUGGGCAAAGGAAAAAGGGGCGCAGUCGGGUGCGUGA